AUAUCGCCAUAUCGAGACGAGUUUGUCUCCUAUCACGAGCUUCAGCCCCCACGUCCAAUCACAGCUGCAGACGGACGUAUCUUUUUGGCCAUAGGCGAAGGGCAAGUCCGCAAGAAGCUGCCGAAUGGUGACACGAGCACCGUCGUGACGCUCGAGCGAGUCUUGCAUGCGCCAGACAUCGCGUUUUCGCUCGUAUCAAUCCCACAGGCCGAUAAAGCGGGAUACUCCGCUGUUUUCGAGCAAGGUGAAUGCCGCCUG